AUGCUGAAACAUUUGGAAAGUGAAGUCCGACUAUCAGAUACGGCGUAUGACUUGCGAAUGUUAACAGGACGAGAACCGUUAACCAAUCAACAACAUAACUCCAUAUGGAUGGGUGCUUCGCAAGAUUGGCCAGUAUUGAAUCUAUGGUUUAAGAUUGAACCAGAGAGUGCAUUAGUGCAAUCGCAAAAAGGUUUAAAUCUUGUUCGACAAGUAUUGAACGAUCAAUGGAAUACUUAUGGAAUCUAUGCAGCGGAUGGUUAUGGUGUGGGAGGGAGACCUUGGAUUACAUCACAUUAUGGUUUUCAUAUAGUAUUUUGGCAUUUACCGUUUGCUUUAUCCGGACAAUAUGUCGAUCUAUCCAAUGGAACAUUGACUUUUUCACCGGCAUUAUCCGUACCUUAUACACUCCCAGUUCUGAUUCCAAACCUAUUCGGAUCAUUGUCUGUUAUUGCAUCAUCAAAUGACAACAGGUUAUUUACAUUGUCAUUAUCAAUUGGAAAUUUAUCAUUGAAUACCCUUGCAGUUUACAAUGUAGUGUAUCCAGGAAGUGUUCAUCUAACAGCUGGGCAAUCUGUCCAAUGGGCUGGCUGA